AUGUCAGCCCCUCAAAACCCACCACCUCAGUAUUCCAGCAACUCCGUUUCAGAUCCCCUCCUGACACCUCAGUAUACAGAUGCAGCCACAGCAGCUUCCGGGUUUGCCUCGGGUCUUGCUUCAUCCUCUGCUCGCACACAAUAUGACCAUCUGCCGGACGACAUCAAGUAUACCAUGCCCAUUUCUGAUUUUGAGCUCGACCUACGAAUGUCCUUUGUACGUAGAGUCUACACCAUUCUAACGCUCCAAUUACUCGGUACUACUGCCUUAUCAAGCAUUUUUAUUCUUAACCCUGGACUCACCGUCUGGGCUCUCCAGAACCAGUGGGCUUUCUGGACAAGUUUUGCAGCUUCGAUUGUUCUUAUGCUAUUGGCUUUUUGGAAAAGUAGAUCGUACCCAAUCAACCUUGUGUUUUUGGCCGGCUUUACUGCCGCAGAAUCAUACAUGGUUGGAUUUAUUACCUCACUCUACGAUACAAAAAUUGUUGUCGAAGCAUUUUUCCUUACUUUUGUCAUUUUUGUCGGUCUUACUAUUUUUGCAUGCCAAUCUAAGUACGACUUUUCACAGUGGCAAGGCGUGGCAUGCACUGUUCUUUUCGUCAUGAUUGGCGUUGGUUUCCUCAUGAUGUUUUUCCCCUAUAGCUCCACUGCUGAACUUAUUUAUUCCAUCAUUGGCGCCUUGCUUUUUUCCCUCUAUAUUGUCAUUGACACUCAGCUUGUCCUUAAAAAAUACCAUUUGGAAGAAGAAGUCCCGGCUGCCAUUUCUCUUUAUUUGGAUAUCAUCAAUCUCUUUUUGUACAUUUUGCGCAUUCUCAAUGAGGCAAACGAUAACUAA